CCCAUCUUGAAGAUUACAUAUGUUUGAAAUUCUAUUUUGAGGAUGUUAACUGACUAUGCAGAGGACUUUUACUGGUUCUUCAACUUGGAGGUGAAUCCCAUGCGCCAAAGACAUUUAGAUCUUUCUUACAAUAAGUUUACUGCCUUGCCUAUCUGUCAGGAAUUUGAGAACAUGUUUCGUUUGGAGUACCUAGGAUUAAGUGCCAUGAUGAUACGAAGGUCAGACUUCAGGUAUAUCAAACAUUUGCAGCUGCACACUGUCUUCCUGACCUUGAGAAACUUUUCUCUGUAUGAGCCUCAGAGUCUGACAGACUUGAAUACAAGGAACCUUCACAUUGAUUUUGCAGCAAACCGAAACUUCAGUUUUUCCCUCUUGUAUGAUGGAAUGAGUGCUUCGGAAAAUUUAAAAAUAGUUAACCUCAUUUAUACCUUGAGUUAUAAGUAUUUCCCCUCACCUUCUUUAAUGCUUCUGAAGAAAAUCAAGACAACAGCUCUCAUUCUUGACACUGUGGAUGUACAAUGGGCUAUCAUUCUGCAAAUUUUCCUGCUUAUUUGGUAUUCACCUGUGGAGCAUUUGACUGUGAGAAAUUUGACUUUUCGGGGACCACCGGGGGAGCUGAGUAAAUAUGAUUUUCUACCCUUAUUAAGCUCUCUGGAACAAUUAAUCUCUUUGGAUGUUUCCAUGAAAGCGUUAACUUUGGAGCACAUUCGUAAUAAACUUUAUUAUUUCAACCAAGAGAUUCUAUACAGACAGUUUUCAGAGAUGAAUAUUGCCAGUUUGACAAUAUAUGAUGCAUAUAUGCCACACAUGCUUUGCCCCAAU